CAUAACCCUACUUUGGCGGCCAGAAAAAUACAAAAAGUUCCCUAAAAUAGUAAAAUUUUUCUUAAUUGUAGAGAAAAAUGGCAUCAAUUGCAAAUAAAAUAUUCCUUCAGACACAGACUCCACUCCUCCUGGCCAGAAGAUUCCGGGGAAAAAUCAACAUUCAACGACCUCGGAAGCCACACUAUGAACGAGCCCUCGUGGAGGCGGUCACUACACCAAUAUUUAAAAAGCCCCAAGUGACGAUGGAGACUUGUUUAAAGCCUAAGAAGGGGCACGAGGAACUUCCGGAAAAUCCUUAUCUACAGAUCAUUGCCAGAGAAAUGCUGAACUGGUUCAAUCAUUCAAAGUGCACAGCAAUUUACCAUAUGAAUUCAAUUAAUGCUGAGGAUAUGUUUAAGGCAAAAGUCCUCUUUCACAAGCAGAACAUGCACCUGAAGGCAUAUCCCAAAAAAGCCCUCAUAAUGGCACUUUCCGGAACGAAGUAUGAGGAGAUUCUUCCUGUGUUUGAAGCGAGAUGCGCUAUUGUUUUCAGUCCAGAUGGCAAUCCAAGUAAACUCCUCAAAAUCUCCAAGAAAGUAUCCCAGCUGAUCUUCAUUGGAGGCAUUGCAGAGGACAGGAUCCUCAGUAGGAAUCAAUUUGUGGAAUACGCCGCCUUGCCGGGAAUUGAUAUUGUUCGGGCACAGCUUGUGGGUGUUCUCAAUAGUGCAGCUGGGGAUCUAGUGGGGAAAAUGCAAGGGCAUCAGAGCAAUAUUGUCCGAAUGCUAGAAGCCCACGCAAGAAGUGAAGAUCCCAAAGAGUAGUUUUAAAACUUUGUAAGUAGCAAUUAUAAUUUCUAAAGACAAA